ACCAUCUCCAUCCUGAAAGCACAACCUCAAACAGCAAUCUGCCGGCUUGCUCCAUGCCAACAGCAAAGUAACCCAGGACUUCUAACCAGUAUCAAAGUCAUUUGGCCACUGCCGCCGUUCAAGGCUGCCUAGCCAAUCUUGCAUCGCCACUAAAUGGCGGUCCGUCGACGUUGAGAAUACACGAUGCCCGGCACCGGGGUCCAAGCCCAUCCCGAUGCUGCCCAGGAGCGGCCGCCUUGUACGGUCUGCUGCGAUCUCGACAAGGCGCAUAUGCCUGAAUCGGUCGACUCCAGAGAAUUUUCCUGCGAUCUCAGGAGCAUUAGUAAGGCCAGUAAGAAGGGAUGCCAAAUAUGUUACGCCAUCAAAGUUGCCAUCUUUUGGGCCAAUAAUGUCAACGUUCCCAAGAAGAGGCUGAUGCUUGAUGAUUCAUACGCCGUCAUUUACCUGUUUGAGACUAUCUCUAUCCAAUCAUCUGUCAAAUAUCGGGACUCCGCGAACAAUGUUGUUGUUGUGAAGGGCCUAGUCGACUUGUUCACGAAACCAGGCAGGCCGCUGCCGUGGAAGUCUAUCGGAGUCUGUAAUGAGAUUCCUCUCAAACUACACUCUAAGCAUCGGCAGAAGACGAUCCGCGGAUGGGUCGAUGAGUGCAAUGCAACACACAAGGCAUGUAGCACGGGGAUGUACCCGUCUGAGCCCGGUCUUGCUCCUCGGCGAUUCCUGGAUCUUGGAAAAAGCCCGCGGAACGGUAUCAAACUGGUCAACUCUUGCUCAGUCUCCGGGCCCUACAUCACCGUCGUCCACGGCUACACCGGUCCGUUACCGGCUCCUUCAUCGUUGACAACCUCGGAAAACUUCGACCAGCGCCAAAAGUGUCUGCAGUGGUGGCAACUACCUGUGGCCCUGCAAGAGACCAUCACGGUCGCUAGCGAAUUGGGUAUCCAGUACGCUUGGAUCCAAGAUUUCUGCGUCAUUCAAGACAUCGAAGAAGACGUAAACUGGCACUUAGCUCGAGAGGAUAUCGUCUUUGGACGGUCAUACCUCACUAUCGCCUUGACAAGCGUUAAGGAUCUCAGGCUGAGCAAUUUCGGCCCCGAGCGCCAGAACAGCAUAGCCGGCGUCGAAAAUGCGCGUAAAUCCUUUGCCAUCCAAAACAUCCUGAGGAAACCCACAUGGAUCUCGCACGGGGCCGUCGGGUCGGGAGGCGUCGUCGGACCUCCCGACUAUGUGCUCAAACUUUACAAGGCCCUAACGCCGGCCGACCCCGAAGAGAGGCUGGCAGUUGUCGCCGGCCUCUUUCGACACAUUCUUCGUCUCACUGGAAAAUCUCACUUCGCCGGCAUCGCAGUAGACACACCUGAAGAGCUGGCGCUUGGCCUUCUAUGGACCACGCUUCCGCCUGGGAGUGAGCAACCAAACCAGCUUGACCAAGAUUCCCCAUCUAUUCCAGACGCAUAUCGACAUCACACCAGUCGCAUACCAUCAUGGUCCUGGGCAUCCAUGGUUCUGAGCAAGGGAACCAUAUUUGGAGGAGCCUCACGCCUAUCGCCAAGCUACACAUUCGACUCGUUCUGUCGCAGUACGUCAUUCGGCUCAGUGGAAAUGUUCUACGACGAGUUGCCCGGAUCCGACGAUAGUCUGCUAGCCACCAACUACCGCAUAAAAGCCAAAGCGGCGAUUCGGCCGAUCACUGCCGUGCCACCGAUGGGCAGAAGGCCCCUAAUCCCACAUCUGUUCAGCUGUUACAAUGGUGAUCCUACGGAUCGCAAUUCUCACAUGAUUUUCGGUUUCUGCCGGAUUGCGCGAGAUUUCGCGGUUCGUUCCAAGCCAGUGACGGGUUCAAAUGCUAUAUUUUGCUGCUAGGCAUCAUGACGCCAGUCGGACAUGACCUGGAGGGAUCAAACGAGCAGUCGUGUACCUGUGCACAUAGUGUAAACCACAUGCAAGUAGGCUUGGUCCUGCAAGAAUCGCCGCGGAAUGAGGGUGCAUUUGAGCGGAUUGGGACGUUUGCAGUGCCGGAAAGUCGCGGCAUGUUUGCGAGACUCGUGCCGCGUGACUUGAUCCUAGUCUGACGCAGAAUGGAUGGCUUUUCAGCUGGUGGAGGACAUUUUGUUAGGCCAAUUUUGGUAUAGAUCAAUCCCAAUCUUCUUAAGGACGACAAGAUAAAC